AUGGACAAUCUCCCAGAAAAGAAUGAACAAUAUGGAACGAAAGACUAUUGGGAUCGACGGUAUCAAGCAGAGUCUACUGACAGCUCUUUUGACUGGUUCAAGAAAUACUCGGACAUUGCAGACUUGCUUCGCGAACUUAUUCCGGAUAAGAUGUCUAAAAUUUUAAUGCUGGGAUGCGGCAACUCUACACUUUCCGAAGAUAUGUAUGAUGACGGCUACAAAAAUAUUGUCAAUGUGGACUAUUCUUCUGUUGUGAUUGAACAAAUGCGAAGGCGACACAGAGUGGACCGACCGGGGAUGAAAUGGCGCGUCAUGGACGUCCGUGAACUUGAAUUUGGUGAUGAUCACUUCGACGUUGCGAUCGAUAAAGGAACUAUGGAUGCCAUGAUGACAGCCAAAGGAGAUGUUUGGGAUCCCCCGGAACAAGUAGUGAGUGAUUGCACAAAAGAAAUGGACGAGGUGAUCAGGGUUCUACGCAAGUCCACUGGCUUGUUUCUGUACCUCACGUUUGGGCAACCACAUUUUAGGAGGCGGUUUCUUGCAAGGCCAGGAACCUCACUGCAGAUAGAAGAACUUGGAGAGGUAUUUCACUAUUAUCUGUAUAUAGUGCGAACUUGA